UCAACGGUCGAUCCAAAGCAAAUUCUCCGGCGACCACCGCCAAAAAGCCCAGAGCCGCCAUGAGAGCUCUCCUCAGCCCCCAGCUCUCCCUCUCCUCGUCCUCUCCGGCCGCCGGCGGCGGCGGCUCGCGUCGCCCCACCCCGGUGGCUGCCUCCGCCGCGUUCCCCGCCGUUGACCGCCGCCGCCGCUGGUGGCGGGGAUCGCCGCCCCGCUCGGUGACCGUGGGCGCCGCGGCGGACUCGGCGACGAUCGGUCACCUGGAGCUCCCGGAUUCGGAGGCCCGGAACCCUUCCCUCUCCCCGUCGUAUCGGGGCGCGAGGCUUCGGAAGCCGAACCAGACGGUGCUCGAGGCUCAAGCGAGGGUUUGCACCGGCCCGACGCAGACCAGGCCGUUGAGCGAGGACCAGGCCUUUAAGGUUCUGGAUACGAUACUGAGAUCAGCCAAAGGAGAACUUAAAAAUGAAGAACAAGUGUCCAAAGCACAGAUGGGGGCAUUCUUUGCAGCUAUGACGAUACGUGCCAAUUCAUUUCCUGACGCAACCCAGUGGAGUGAAGGGGAAAAGCGUGCAAUGAACACAUUCUGGCCAAUGCUAGUUCGAGUGCUGCCUCCUGAUCUGAUCUUUAUAGCAGAUCCUGAAGGUUCUAUACUGGGAGUAGGAAGUUCAAUUGGACCCCACUACACUGGCAAUGAUACUACUGAAAUGAGAUUGGUUGGUGCUCUCAGAGAAAUCUUGGCAGGGGGGCAUCUUGGAUAUGAGGAAGUCCAAGGUGUUCUAAAAGAUGUUCUUCCCCUAAAAAUAAAAGAUAGCUUAUCUGAAGGAGUAAGUGAGUCCUUGCUUUCGGCAUUUUUAAUAGGUCAACGUAUGAACAGAGAAACAGAUCGUGAGUUAAAAGCAUACUGCCUUGCAUUUGAUGAUGAACUUGGUCCUCCUCCUGUUGCUGAUAUAAGAUCUUUGACUCAUUAUGGUGAACCUUAUGACGGAAACACGCGUUACUUUAGGAGCACACUGUUCGUGGCUGCUGUUAGAUCGUGUUAUGGUGAAUCUUGCUUGCUUCAUGGUGUAGAAUGGAUGCCACCUAAGGGAGGAAUAACGGAAGAGCAAAUGCUGAAGUACAUGGGUGCAAAUACAAGUGUAUCCACUUUGCAGGCAAAAGCACUUCUAGAGGAUGAGGAGGCUGGUUUCGCAUACAUUAGUCUACGUGAAGCUCGGCCAUCUCUAUAUUCAUUAAUUGGUUUGAGAGAGCAUAUAAAAAAGCGCCCCCCACUUGCCACAAGUGAGAAGAUCCAGCAAUUUGUGAGGGCUACUGGAAGGGAAGCAAUUGUUGCUGGUUUCUAUCAUGAAGGUUAUGAAGAGCCUUUGCUGAUGCUUAUGAAGAGAAGAGGCGUUCAUUCUGGCUUGGUGGUCAAGGGUGAGGAAGGAGCGCUUUCCAUGACAACAAGAUUGCGAUCAGCUAGUGUGUCAAAAGGGCUUCCUGUGAACUAUUGUUCAGGGUUUCGUUCAUUGAGCACAGCUUCUGCUCUUGAAGUUGAUGGGGUGUCACGGCAGAGCUUUAGUCUUGAGGUUAAUGCUAAGGAUCAUGGUUUUGAGCCCUCUAAUACCCCAAGAACUGACAGAUCGAUCUCAAAGAAUAUAGAGUUGGGUUUAGCAGCUCUUCAUGGAGAAAAAGGACCCGCGUAUGAUCGAAUCGUCUUGAAUGCUGGAAUGGUCGAUCACUUGCUUGGAUGUGAGGGCGCAGAAGACAUCUCUGUGGCCCUGGAAAGAGCCAGAGAGGCCAUCGACAGUGGCAAGGCUCUGAAACGACUCCUAAACUACAUCAAAAUCUCCCACAAAGUGUAGUAAGAAGGAAGCGGUCGCACACUCUCUUUUGUUGCAUUUACUUUAUACAUCGGCCUUACGCCAUCCAUUGUGAAAUUGCAAAAAAGAUAAAGUCAAUGUCGUUCAGGUUUCAUUUUCUUCUCUUUCUGCUCAAUGCUUCUUGAGAUGUCGAAGCAUAUGAAUAAGAUGCCAUUUUUGUAUGAUCAGAACUACUGGGAAAAUUUCGCAGUUACAGAAGAGAAAAUGUUAAGCGGAUGUUAAGCGGUUGUACGA